AUGGAGAAUGAUACUACCACACUGAAGUAUGAACCAAAUAAUGACAUGCAAAGCUCAGCUUUGUCCCAACCAUCUCCUCCAUAUGUCCCUGUCAAGCUUGAAGAGUAUGAAACACCAGGCUUUAGUGUCAAGAAGCUCCUCAAGAAAGUUGAAAAGAAUUGCAAGUGUAACCAACGAAGUGUCCUCAACUUCUUCCUUAAGCUGUUCCCUGCCAUAGAGUGGCUUUCGCAUUACAGAAUCAAAGAAUACCUGCUUGGUGACAUCAUCUCAGGCUUACUGGUUGGAAUAGUAGCCAUCCCACAGUCAAUCUCCUAUGCCCUUCUUGCAAGCCAGGAUCCUAUUUAUGGGCUGUAUACCAACUUCUUCUGUCCCAUCAUCUACUUUGCCAUGGCUACCUCACGCCAUGUCUGUGUGGGGUCUUUCGGGGUCCUGUGCCUAAUGAUUGGGGAAUCAGUAAACCGACAGCUGAGGUUAGCUGGAUAUGAAACAGAUUCGGCCACUGUCGUGAUCGCUAAUGCCACGUUGAAUGGGACAGUAUUCUGUGACAAAGGCUGCUAUGCUAUCAGUGUGGCAACAGCCUUAGCAUUUUUGGUCGGAAUAUAUCAGAUACUUCUGGGGGUCUUCCAGCUGGGCUUCAUAUCCGUAUAUCUUUCAGAACCUCUCUUGAGUGGCUUUGUAACUGGAUCUUCCCUUACCAUCAUCACCUCACAAAUGAAUCUUGUCCUGGGAAUAAAAAUUCCCCGCCAUGAUGGAGUGGGCUCCCUCGUUUUAACAUGGAUUGACAUCUUCAGAUACAUUGGCAAGGCCAACAUCUGUGAUCUAGUUACCAGCUUGGUUUCUUUGGCCCUGAUGGUGCCAGUGAAAGAGAUCAAUAGCUAUUACAGGGAUAAAAUGAAGGCUCCAUUUCCCAUUGAACUCCUGGUGGUCAUUGCAGCAACCCUUCUAUCCCAUUUCUUUGACUUCAAUAAAAAAUACAAAUCUAAAAUCUGUGGUGCCAUUCCCACUGGUUUCAAGCAACCUGCACUUCCUGAUCUGGGACUUUUGUCAAAUCUGGCACUUGAUGCUAUACCUAUCGCCAUCAUUGGUUUUGCAAUGACUGUCUCACUAGCAGAAAUAUUUGGCAAGAAACAUGGCUAUCCUGUACGCGCCAACCAGGAAAUGAUUGCCAUUGGCAUGGGGAACCUGAUCCCUGCCUUCUUCUCCUGCUUUGCUACCUCUGGAGCCUUGACGAAGACCUUACUGAAAGAGUCUACAGGAUGCCAAACCCAAAUAUCAAGUCUGAUAUCUUCAGUUGUGAUGCUCCUGGUCCUGUUGUGGAUUGCUCCUCUCUUCUAUUCAUUGCAAACAUGUGUUUUGGGUGUAGUUACCAUUGUGAAUCUCCGAGGAGGUUUGCGGACUUUUGCUGACAUUCCCAAGAUGUGGAGGAUCAGCAAAAUUGACACUGUGGUAUGGUGGGUCACCAUGCUGUCCUCAUUACUGAUCUCCACAGAGUUGGGCCUUUUGGUAGGCGUCUGCUUUGCUCUCCUCUGCAUCAUCUUCCGUACUCAGAGGCCCCGAGCCACUCUUUUAGGUAGGGUGAACAAUUCGGAAAUUUAUGAGGACCAAUUCACUUACAAGAGGAUCAAUAGCAUUGCAAACAUCAAGAUCUUCCGCUUUGAUACCUCUCUUUACUAUGCAAACAAGGAGUACUUCAAAAGUUCACUUUUCCAGAAAACAGGAAUACAGCCUUCUUUGGUUGCUGCCAUGCAGAAAAAGGCAAAAGCAAAGCCCUCAAAGAAAAGCACAAUGGAAGUAUCAGCAGAUGUUCCUGCUCCAGUGAUCGAUAUUUGCACCUUAAUAAUUGACUGUGGGGCUAUGCAAUUUAUAGACAGUGUGGGUCUCAGUGUGCUGAAGGAGAUCCGACAAGACUAUGGGAAGAUUGGUGUCCAGGUGUUGUUGGCCAACUGUAAUCCAUCCACUCGACACCUGCUCCAGGCAAGUGGUUGGCUCACUGGGAUGGAAGAUUCAGGGUUGCUGUCCUUCCACAGUAUACAUGCGGCUGUGAAGUUUGCUGAGCAGCAGAACCAAUCUCAAAAGAAAGACAAUGAAGUAGCCAAAGAAACUUUUCUUAGCGAAGAACCCCAGAAUGUCUUAGUAGAUUCGAGUCUGGAAUGAUUGCUGUAAGUAUAGACAGAACACAUCUAGGAAUCUGCUUUAUACAUUUAAGCUGUUAAUUACACCAGCAUUCUGCAUUUGG